CUGCCCUACAGUAAACACGUCGCUGAUAUAGGCUACAGUAGGGUGGCGCUUGCAACUUCAGUUUCAGACUGAUAUUGGUGAUACGCCGAGAGGUACCUGUAGGCUACCAUCAUGCCCAAGCUGGAGACUGUGCCCUAUUGGAGACUCUCUGUGACUGUCCUGCGAGCUAAACUUCAUCACUCACAUGACUACUGGUCAGAGUCAGACUGCUACGUGAUUCUGAAGCUGCCAACAUCUUCUGCCCGCCCUCACCGCACCAAGGUAGUUCCCAGCACCAACAACCCCGAGUGGAAUGCGACCUUCCACUUCCGCAUCCAGAGCCAGGUCAAGAAUGUUCUAGAAAUGCAAGUGUACGACGAAGAUCCAUUCAUGCCAGAUGAUCUCUGCUCUGUCGUCAUGUUUGAUAUCUGUAACCUCACCUUAGGCCAAAAGCAGACGAAAAUAUUCAUCAUUAAUGAGAAGAUAAAAGAUGAACUGUGGGUUGAAUUUGAGAUGGUGGAGAGUGUUGAAGAUCCUGGGAUGUACAUGUCAAACGGAGUCCUGGUGGCGGCACCACUCUCCACCCUGGAUGUCACUGCUAAAUCUCUAGGAACUGCGAUCCAGAACCUAAUACUGAAGUUGAAGGGAGCUUAUAUGGAGGAGCAUGUUUUUUCUCCUGGCCUAGUGGACUCUUUACGCUACUACAUCAACAGAGACCUGGAGACAGAACUCUCUGUGCAGGGUGACGAUACGGUUCAGCCAAUCAGUCUCUCACCGGAUUCUUUGAGGCCAGUCAGUUCUAAGCAGGAGCUUAAAUUGCCUGUUGGAAAGGAUUUUGUUGACCUGGAACUGAAGAGUGAAGAAAGCUCUGAGCAGGAGCUGGCGGUGCGUCUGGACUUUGACAUCUCAUCAGCGGAGAAGCACUUCCUGGAGAAGAGGAAGGUGGUGGUGGGUCGGGCUCUACAGAAGCUGCUGGAGCUCAGCUCUCCUCCAGACACAGAUAAGGUCCCCCUGGUGGGUGUGGUUUGCUCAGGGGGAGGGACCAGAGCGAUGGCUGCCACCUUUGGAAGUCUGAAGGGUCUCCAGACUUUGGGGAUCUUGGAUGCUGUCAGCUACAUCACCGGGGUAUCUGGGUCCACAUGGGCCAUGUCUGUCCUGUACGAUAAUGCUGAUUGGUCGCAGGGAGACCUUAGCACGAUCACUGAGCCAAUAAAAGCUGAGAUGAUUAAGAGGUACCAGGACAUCCUGUCCACUGAGCAGCUAUCAUACUACUUCGAGGAGAUGAACCUUAAAGAGAAGGAGGGGCAUCCGGUGACCUACAUUGACAUGUGGGGUCUGGCGAUCGAGCACCUCAUCCAUGGGAAGAAAUGGGAGACUACCCUCUCUGACCAGAGGAGGGCGCUAUCAGAGGGACAGAAUCCUCUGCCCAUCUACACAGCCGUGAACACGAAGACCAAAAGGAGUGUCACAGAGAAAGAGUGGUGUGAAUUUAACCCAUAUGAAGUCGGCCUUCCCAAGUAUGGUGCAUUUGUGCCCACUGAGGACUUUGGCAGUGAGUACUUCCUAGGUCAUCGGGUCAAGAGACUACCAGAGAUUCGACUGCCUUUCCUGAUAGGAAUGUGGAGCAGUGUGUUCUCCCUCAACCUGACUGAUCUGUGGCGACAUACCACUGGCUUUGCUCCAUCCUGGAUAGGUGGUGGGCCUGAUGUGACUAACACAGAGACUGACAGCAGGCCAUCCACACUGGACACCUUCCUGAUCAAACCAGCCUCCUACAUCACACAGAGCAUCACCGGCUUCUUCACCAGCCGACCAAUCGUCACCCAGAUUUACAACUUUAUGCGAGGCCUCUAUCUCCACUGGGACUACAACAGCAAGUCCGGUUUCACCGUUGGACAAGACACACACCCUGAUGCAUUUCCAAACCAGCUGACCCCAGCUGACCAAUUCCUGGAUCUCGUGGACGCAGGGUUUUCCUGUAACAUGGCGUUUACCCCUGUGCUCCGAACCCACAGACGCAUGGACCUUAUCCUGUCCCUCAACUACUCCUGGAAUUCAGACCAGUUUAAGGUGCUGAAGAAAACUCAGCAACACUGCACUGAUCACAAGAUCCCGUUCCCUCAAGUCGAUUUCAGCCGUGUGGAGAAAGAGCCCAUGAAGGAGGUGUACGUGUUUGAAGACAAGAAUAAUCCCAAAGCUCCCAUUGUGGUUCACUUCCCCAUGGUCAACCUCACCUACAGAGAGUUCAAAGCCCCAGGUGUCCAGCGAGAAGGGGCAGACGAACUGAAACAAGGAGACGUGGACGUCAGCACUGACGAUUCACCUUAUCACACUAUGAACCUGGCCUACCAGCCUGAGGACUUCCAGAAGCUGAUGGAUCUUUCUUCCUACAACGUCCUGAAGAACAGCGACAUCCUGCUGUCAGCUCUACGCAGGGCGCUACAGAGAGAGAGAGUCCAUGAGGACGAAGAUGAGGAUGGACACAAAGACCACUCCUGCGCCUGAGGAGACCCCUCUGCGUCUGCCAUUUACCGGUAUAUAGGAAUGACCAUGGCUACAAAGCAACGUAAUUUAUUCUCAGUCAUAUUACAUGUUAAAGCAAUGCUGCGCUGGAGGAGUUUGCAGCUUUUUAAGCUUUGGAUAUCAUCAUUUUGGUAUUAUCAUCAUCUGUACAGUAACUCAUGUCCAUUCUAUUCACGUGGAAAAACAUAAAAUCUAUAAAGAAUCUAUACAUUCUUUAUAGAUCAGUGGGAACAAGCCGGAGAGAACAAGGAGAGAGGUUGAGAAGGGGCCUUACCAUGUACUUGCCAUGCAGUUAUCUCUCUUCCCUGCUCUACUUCCAGCUUAUUCUACCACAUUCUCCCUCUUAUACAUUUCCAUUAGUACUUUAACUUGUAGCUUAAUGGCAGUCAAAGUAUAGCCAAUGUGGGUUAAUGCACCUCACAAAUUAGCACUGUGUCCUUUUUUAAUUGUGUAGUGUACACUAUUUUGUUCGACAUAUCUUGCAUAUGCUGUACGGUAAUUUCCUAUAUAUUACAAUACACAAAACACAUCUGGGAAUAAUUUACACAUGUAAGGCAGCACCUCAGUGAGGCACCUGCUAGGCGUAUGGUGGCAAGUACAGUGCAGAUACACACACACACUAUGUUUUUAGUUUAUUUAUCCAUUUUAGAUUUAUUUAAUCAUAUUUAUCUUGCUUUUAGAGUGUGAAAGGCAUGUGUGCAUGUAUGUAUGUAUGUAUGUGUGUACUGUAUGUAUGUAUGUAUGCUUGUAGUACCCAAUCACAUAGUUCUAUAAGUUCCCCCACAGGAAA